CGAUGUGCAGUUGCCAGUGCCAAGGGUUCCAUGGCGAACGUGGCCAACGCUAGUAGUGGAGAAUCAGGUGUCCGAUUAGUGCCGAAGUUGGAGUGGACAGUUACUGCCGAUUUCUGCGGCUUUGCGAAAGUAAGUACGUACUGGAUCGAUGUGCAUCCUCAUGAGCCAUGGGUUCUGUUCUCGCCGACCAGCAAAUGUCUGGCGGUGUGGGACUACGAAGACGGCACGCUUGUCGACUCGUGGGAGAUCCCUGCCGAGGCCCUCCCUCCGUGGGGCCAUAGCAUUUUCUGUGCAAAGUUUAUUGCACAGAAAGAUUGGAUUUUGAUUCAGUGUUAUGGGAAGGCCUACGUUUACGAAACCAUAUCGGCCCACUUGGAUACUGUCAAAGUGCUGGAGCAUCCUCAUCAGUACUGCCUGCAGGGAGAGAUGGUAGUUCAUCCUAGCCUGCCGUAUAUAUUGGGGGCUUUCAACGAAACCGUGGUUCUGUGGGACUGGGAGAAAGGAUGGGAAAUGAUCACCUUCGAGGGACAUGCGGUGGGGGUGCGCGGGGUGUUGGCGUUUCAUCCGGCGGAUGGGAACGUCUUCGCAAGCGCUUCGAGGAGUGGUUUGAUCAAGAUAUGGGACAUAAGCAAGAGGUCGUGUGUUCAAACCCUGGUUUGCGGCGACGGGGUAACUUUACAACUGGACUUUUGCAGCCGACGACAGAAAUCGUUGCUGCUGUCGUGCCACAAGAUGCUGAAUUCGCUUCAAGAACAAAGAACUGUUUUAGUCUGGGAUUAUAGGAAGGGGGUUUGCCUAGGCAAAUUGAUGACCCCUGCGUUUGAUUUUCACAGCGGCAGGACCGCCUUCUUCCAUCCACGCUUGCCGUACAUCUGUAGCUCAUCGGAUGACGAUAGUCACAUUAGGGUCUGGGAUGAGUCAACCCUUCAGCUGGUUUCGGUCUACGACAACACGAAGAUAAGCUUCGAUCUCCAAGACAUUGCUCCGUGCAAACGAUCAGACGACGUGAUUGCUUUCGGGAGGGAGGGAGAGUUCUUUGUGCUGCAGGUGGUAACUAAAGGAGGAAAAGAGGAAAGUGAAGCGGACAUUCAGAGAGAAACUUUCUUUGGCAAAAGGCCUCGGCCGCAAACGCCAGCUGAUGAUAUCAACGAACGAGCACUGCUGGCAUCGAGGAAAAGGGUUGUGAAGAUUGAAGAUGAGGCUGUCUGUGAGGCGGAGGAGGCAGAGUGUGAGAAGAGAAAUCAGCAGGCGGCGAGAGGUUUGACGGCCGACCAGGAGCUCAGAUGCGUGGGGGUACACGAUGCUUCGAGAGGGCAGAUACCAACCAAGGAUACCCAUGAACCAGCACCGUUGGCAGCGAGAACAACGGGUGUGAAGAUUGAAGAUGAGGCUGUCUGUGGGGUGGAGCCAGAGUGUGAGAAGAGAAUUCAGCAGGUGGCUGCUGACUUGAAGCAGAGAUGCAUGCAGGUACUCAGACAAUUGAGAGAACACACAUCUACGGAUAUUACGGAUGAACCAACCGUACUGAUAUCAGGAAGAACGGAUUUGAAAACUGAAGAAGAUGAGAGUGUCUGUGCCGACACUGCCGAGCCAGAGUGCGAGAGCAGGAGAAUUCAGCAGGUGGCAGCCAGCUUGAUGGACGACCCGGAGCUCAGAUGCAUGGGGGCACUCGAUGCUUUGAGAGGGCGCACACCAACCAAUGAUAUCGAUGAAGCAGCACUGCUGGCAUUGAGGAAAAGGGUUGUUAAGAUUGAAGAUGAGGCUGUCUGUGCAUCAGAGCCAGAGUGUGAGGAGGAGGGGAUUCAGCAGGUGGCGUCUGGCCUGGCGGCCCAUCUGGAGCUGAGAUGCAUGCAGGCACUUGCUGCAUUGAGAGGACACACACCAACCAAUCGCGAUUCGGAUGAACCUUCGCUGCUGGCAUGGAGAAAAAAGGCUUUGGAAUUUGAAGAAGAGGAGGCUGUCUGUGCAGCCGCGGAGCCAGAGUGCGAGGAGAGAAUUCAGCAGGUGGCCGCCGGCUUGGCAGCCAGCCUUGAGCUGAAAUGCAUGGCGGCACUCGAUGCACUUCGAGAAGAGCAUCGACUCAAGGAGAGCCAGCAAGUCGAAAGGAUUCGGGAGCUAGAAAACGAACUCGGUAAGUUGAAGGCAGAUGUCGCAGCACUCGUUGAGAGGAUGGAGGGUCAAAGUCAAAGCGCAAGAUUGAGAGGGUAGAGACGACGGAAAGUCAAAGCGCAAGAUUGACGCUUUGACUUUUUUGCGCUUUGACUU